CAUAGCUCUUACCGAUAACUAUAGAUAUUAGAUACUAUAGUAAUAUAGUACCUUUUCUAAAAUUCACCUUUCCUUCUCUCUCUAUUUUAAUAACUUGGCAGUAACUGAUAGGGUCAGCAAUAGUUUACCUGUCAACCGGUAAAGAACCUUGUUAGACAGUUUUGUUUGACUUGCUAGUGAGAGUGCUCUUGAUGUCCGCGUGACCGACUUAGGAUAGCCAAAUCAUGUCUGGUGGGGCUUCUCCCCCCAUCGUCAGCACACCCGGCCCGUCCCGGAAGGGACGUCAAGCAAUGGACGAACUAUACGCCCGUCGCCCAAUCCCACGAACCCGACCGGUCCCGAUGGACCCCGGUAAGGACGAUUCGGCCGGACCUUCGGUCUCGGCCCGGGUCUCCCAGGGGAUCGGACCGGGGGAAGGUUCCCUUCCCUUGUCGACCGAUCACCCUGGGACUCCUCGGCCGAGAAAGAAGGCCAGGUCUGAGUCCGACCGAGGCUCAUCGGAGGACCACGACAAACGACCGCGACUAGGUCCCUCCUCUAAAUCGGAAGGAGAGGAUAGCGAGGCCACGUCCUCCUCCCCCUCCUCCUCCCAAUCUUCCACUCCAGACUCAUCACGAUCCUCAUCCCCUACUGGGAGUCCCAUCCCAGCAGUCAAACCUGUUCCCAAACCGAGGGCCCCCGUCAGGACAGGGGUAGCCCCACGCCUACUUAGAUCCCCUCCCCGAUCCCCCUCCCCUACCAUUUCCCCUAUCCCGGUGGAUUCGACUCGAGGUGCCCCCGCCCUAAGCGGCACGGCGGGCAAUCUGGACUCUACCAGAUAUAUGGACCUCGAGUCCACCAAAGCCCAACAACCCAUCCCCUCUACGUCCUACGCGACCAUAGCCGCAUCACAACCCCCAGUAGGUACACGCCCCAAGCCUACCCAACCGCAAGUUCCCCCACCCCCGAGGCCGAGGGGUCGGGCCCAGGAGGAGCUCCGCCGUCAUCCACCUAUCAUGGUGGAGGCUCUCUCGAACUGGUCUCGCCAUAUGGCGGCCAUUAGGGAGCGCCUCGGUAGGGCUCCUUCUGCCAGACCCCACGGCGCCGGUUUCCGCUUCCUGCCGUCAUCGGCGGAGGAGUAUAGGGUGAUUCAGGACUACCUUUCGAGGGCCUCCGCCGCAGACAAAGCCAUUAAAUGGUUUUGUUAUGCGCUGUCGGAGGAAAUACCCUCGAAGGUGGCUGUCCGGGGUCUCCCUGCUGACACCGAUGCGGCGGAAGUAACAAACGCCCUCAAGGAGCUGGGCUUUCCUGCCCGAUAUGCCCGGUGCAUCCAGGCUAAGAGGGGGAGACAGGGCUGCGUAUUUUUCGUGGCUCUGGACCACCUCUCUAAGGGUGACCUCGCCCGGCUGUAUUCAGUUAACGAACUGUUAUACUUGCCGGGGGUGACGGUCGAGGGAUGGCGUCCAACCCGGGGGCCUGCGCAGUGUCACCGCUGCCAGGCCUUCGGGCACGCGUCCACGAACUGUCACCGUGCGGUCCGCUGCGUUCGAUGUGCCGGCGAGCACAUUGUGGCGGACUGCCCGAGGCCAAGGGAUGGCCCAUUAUCCUGCGCUAAUUGCGGGAAGGACCACGCCGCCACCGAUCGGCGGUGUGUGGUAUACCGCAAGAGGGCCAGGAUGAUGGGAGUAACCAUCCCCCCUCCUGUUCCACCGGUGCCUCGGCCCAGGAAUGUCCCAGCUCCAGUAGCUGCUCCUGUGUCCGCACCCAUCCCCAAGGGGAAGGGGAAGGGGAAAGGGAAAUCCUCCCAAACCCCAGCCCCUCUCCCUCCUAGUACCCUUCCGUCUGCCUCGGUAGUGGAGGCUAUGCCGUCAGCGGCCACGCUGAUGGCACAGGCAAACCCGCCGAGGCGAACAAACAAGCCUGUCCCUACUCCUCGUGGUCGAGCUUCCUCUACUACCACAACAGUAAGCAAGCCAGCGCCUCUCACUCAGAACAUCCAGAGCACGUCCACAGUCAACAGAAAGAGGGAGAAAAAUAGGAAGAAAAAGCUAAACAGGAAAUUAAGAAAAAUGAAAGAAAAAGAGGCAAAUACUAACAACCCACCCAUUACGACCGAGCCAGUUGUGCCGGACCUUCAAACCACCCAAGCUGAGGCAAUGUCUACUACUGAGGCCUCACACAUCGACCAACCUUCGACUAAUGAAGGCCCGGUAUUAUCCGAGGCCCAUCAAAGCGCGCCACCUUACACUAGUCAGCCUCCUCUUCCCCCCCGCCCUCAGCGCGAGCAGCGCAGCGGUCGGCAGGCCUCACAACCUGCCGGCUUUGCUGCAUGGCUCCUCGCGCUCUGGGAGAAAUUGUCUGAGGUGAUCUCCGGAAUUACCCGCGAGAUCGCCUCAGGAGCUAGCCCUUUCGGGGCUCUCCUGUCGGGGUUUCUUGUAGUCAGCAACUUGGCUGUGCCCCUGACUUUGCUGAUGUCCAUUAAUGGAGGUCGUCACUCUUGA